CGAAGCUCAAUUGCUCCUGGUACGUGGAAGCUGUUAGUUGGCACGACUCCCUACGUUGGCUGAUGCGCGCAUCGACAACUCCAUCUUCCCUCGCUUUCAAUUUUAUUCUACGCGGCUUCAUCGCACAACCUCUGUUCCGAUUCUAGCUCCCCGAGGCACACCUCAUACCUUCAUCCCUCCGAGGCAGCGGCUUCUGUCACCCCCGCCACCAUGCAGUCCUCCCCUGGCAUGCUCACCAAGUUCGAGUCCAAGUCCUCUAGAGCAAAAGGCAUUGCCUUCCAUCCUAAAAGACCAUGGAUCCUCGUCGCCCUUCACUCGUCCACUAUCCAGCUUUGGGACUACCGUAUGGGAACAUUGAUCGAUCGAUUUGAAGAACAUGAUGGCCCCGUUCGUGGUGUCGACUUCCAUAAAACACAGCCCCUCUUCGUGUCGGCAGGCGACGAUUAUAAGAUCAAGGUUUGGUCUCUGCAAACAAGACGCUGCCUUUUCACCCUCAACGGCCAUCUCGAUUACGUCCGAACCGUUUAUUUCCAUCAUGAACUCCCAUGGAUUAUUUCCUCUUCCGAUGAUCAGACCAUUCGUAUAUGGAACUGGCAGAACAGAUCCCUAAUUUGCACAAUGACUGGCCAUAACCACUAUACCAUGUGUGCUCAGUUCCAUCCCAAGGAGGAUCUUGUAGUCUCUGCAUCGCUCGAUCAAACAGUUCGCGUUUGGGACAUUUCCGGCCUGCGAAAGAAGCACUCCGCUCCUUCAUCAAUGAGCUUCGAGGAUCAAAUGGCACGAGCGAGCCAGAACCAAACCGACAUGUUUGGCAACACCGACGCUGUCGUCAAAUUCGUGUUGGAGGGCCACGACCGUGGCGUCAACUGGGUCGCCUUCCACCCUACCAUGCCGCUCAUCGUGUCGUGUGCUGACGACCGCCUCGUCAAGCUGUGGCGCAUGAGCGAGACCAAGGCUUGGGAAGUAGACACUUGCCGAGGACAUUUCCAAAACGUCACUGGCUGUCUUUUCCACCCUCAUCAGGAUCUCAUUCUCUCUGCCGGAGAGGAUAAGACUAUCCGUGUUUGGGACCUCAACAAGCGCACCGCUGUGCAGUCAUUCAAGAGGGAAAAUGACAGAGUUUGGGUUAUUGCAGCUCAUCCCGAGAUUAAUCUAUUUGCCGCUGGCCACGACAACGGUGUCAUGGUCUUCAAACUAGAGCGCGAACGCCCUGCUGGUGCCUUGCACCAAAACGCACUUUUCUAUAUCAACAAGGAGAAACAUGUCAAGUCUUACGAUUUCCAGCGCAACGUCGAGAGCCCAACACUAUUGUCUCUGAAGAAGCUCGGAAGCCCUUGGGUUACCCCUCGCACUCUGUCUUAUAACCCUGCUGAGCGAUCUGUUUUGGUCACAACUCCCGCGGACGGCGGCUCUUACGAGCUGGUCAGCUUGCCCAAGGACGGCUCCGGCACCAUUGAGCCUACCGAGUCCAAGAGGGGUAGCGGCAACUCUGCCAUCUUUGUUGCUAGAAACCGAUUCGCCGUCCUCAACACGUCGACGCAAAACAUUGACAUCAAAGACCUUUCGAACAACAUCACCCGAUCCUUCAAACCCCCAGCUGGUACUACGGAUAUCUACUUUGGUGGUACUGGCAACAUUCUCAUUAUUACACCUACUGCUGUGCACAUGUAUGAUGUUCAGCAGAAGAAGAGUGUCGCCGAGCUCGGUGUUAAUGGUGUCAAGUACGUCGUGUGGUCCAACGAUGGCCUCUACGCUGCUCUGCUUAGCAAGCACAAUGUCACUAUUGUCACAAAGACCCUUGAGCAGGUCAGCACGCUUCAUGAAACUAUUCGUAUCAAGAGUGCUACAUGGGACGAUGCUGGUGUUCUGCUCUACUCAACCCUCAACCACGUCAAGUACACACUGCUCAACGGCGAUAACGGCAUUGUGCGAACCUUGGACCAAACCGUCUAUCUCGUCAAGGUCAAGGGACGCAAUGUUUACUGCUUGGAUCGCUCUGCUAAGCCCCGCGUUCUGCAAAUCGACCCUACUGAAUACCGCUUCAAGCUUGCGCUAGUAAAGAGAAACUACGAUGAAAUGCUUCACAUUAUCCGCAACUCGAGCUUGGUUGGUCAAUCCAUCAUCUCAUAUCUUCAAAAGAAGGGAUAUCCCGAGAUUGCUCUCCAGUUUGUUCAGGAUCCCACGACCCGAUUUGAUCUUGCUGUUGAAUGCGGUAACCUCGAUGUCGCUAUCGAAAUGGCCAAGGAGCUGGACAAACCCAAAUUCUGGAGCCGCCUCGGAACUGAAGCCCUGGCCCAUGGUAACCAUCAGAUCGUUGAGAUGUCGUACCAGAAGCUGAAGCAAUUUGACAAGCUCUCCUUCCUCUACCUUGCCACUGGUGAUCACUCUAAGCUUGCUCGUAUGGCUAAGAUUGCCGAGCACCGUGGUGACUUUACCGCUCGCUUCCACAAUGCGCUUUACCUUGGCGAGGUCGAGGACCGAAUCCAAAUGUUCAAGGAGAUUGACCUGUAUCCUCUUGCUUAUAUGACUGCCAAGUCUCAUGGACUUGAAGAAGAAUGCCAGGCUAUCCUUGAGGCCACUGGUCUGACGGAGGACCAGCUCACCACUCCUACAAUCGGCGAGCCACUCUCUACACCCAAGGCUGUCGUUCCUACCUUCAAGUCCAACUGGCCCACCAAGGUUGGCUCUCAAUCUGUCUUUGAGAAGGCUCUGCUUGGUCAAGUUGAGAACUUGUCGCUCGAAGACAACGGCGCUCAAGCCGGCGUUGGUGGAUUGGAUGAUGCUAUGGAUGAAGAUGGCGCGGGAGCAAACGGUGCCUUAGCUGACGAUGAUGAUGAGGAUGCUGCUGGCUGGGACAUGGGCGACGAUGCCAUGCCUGAGGCGGACGGCGACUUCGUCAACGUUGAUGCUGAGGAAGCUGGUGGUGCCGGUGGCAGUGAAGCUGAGCUGUGGGCUCGCAACUCGCCUCUGGCGGUGGAUCACGUUGCUGGUGGUUCAUUCGAGACGGCCAUGCAGCUCCUCAACAGACAGGUUGGUGCGGUCAACUUUGCUCCCCUUAAGCCGCGCUUCUUGGAGGUGUACCAGGCCUCCAAGACCUUCCUUCCUGCAUCUGCCGGUCUACCUCCUUUGAUCAACUAUGUUCGCAGAACUGUUGACGAGACAGACCCCCGCGAAGUUUUGCCCAUUGUUCCCCGAGACCUCGAGUACCUUGCUGGAAAUGACCUGCAGAAGGGUUACGAUACGAUGAAGGCGAACAAGCUGGAAGACGGCGUCCAAAUCUUCAAGAGCAUUUUACACGCCAUCUUUGUCAACGCUGUUUCGAGCGAGAGUGAGGCUGCUGAUGCCAAGAAGCUCAUCACAUCGGCUGCGGAAUAUGCUUUGGCCAUGGAAAUUGAGUUGGAGAGAAGAAAGCUUGGUAAUGCUGAGGCCCUGGCUGCGGACUCUACUAAGCUGAAGCGAAGCUUGGAGUUGUCUGCGUACUUUACCAUCCCCAAGAUUGAAGUACCGCAUCGUCAGCUCGCCCUGCUCAGCGCCAUGCAGCUGGCCGUCAAGAACAAGAACUACGGUUCGGCUCUGAGCUUUGCGAACCGUAUUAUUGCCAACGGUGGUGCCAGCAAGAUUGUAGAAAAUGCCAAGAGAACAAAGACUCAGUGCGAGCGCAACCCCAACGACGCAAUUGAGAUUGAGUUUGAUCAGUUUGCCGAGUUUGAAGUGUGUGCUGCCAGCUACACACCCAUCUACAGCGGAACUUCGUACGAGACAUGCGCGUUUGACGGCUCCAAGUACCACACAAAGUACAAGGGCUCAGUGUGCCGUGUCUGCGGAGUCUGUGAGAUUGGAAAGCAUGGCAGUGGGCUGAAGCUCUUUGCCUAAAGGACGUGAAUGGAAAGCUAGAGAGAACGGGGAAUUGCCCCUGUUUUUUUGACGGAUAAUGAUAACGAGGUAGUGGCAGAGCAUACCAACACUCUUGGUUUGACAAAAAAAAGUAGGUAUCCAAAGAUAGACGGGUACUUUAUUUGAGAAAAUUCACAGUUUGCAUUAUACAAAAUGACUGUCCCCCCGUAUUAAAUGCAUUAGUUCUACUACCAUUCGUGUAUAUCACUUCUAUACCAUACCAAAACUAAUGCAUCUUGUUACUACUAUUGUUGUGAUGCGCUAGGUUGUGGUUGUUCGUUGUGAUUUUGAUCGUCAUAAUUUGAUAGCAUUAUCUAUUUUGUUUAUUUUACACAAUGGUCUCCAGCUCUCUGGCGUAGCCUAGGGUAUUCUCAAUGACCAUUUGGCUCAUAUCCUUGCCUUGCUCUCCGUCCUCGUCGUCGCUUGCCUGGGGGAAGUAAAUAUGUCCGUCGCGGACGACCCAGCCGCGGUGCUGUGCAAACUUGAUGACAUCGCCCUCCGAGUCGAGGAAGAGGAGGGAUUUUGUCGAGCUGAUGGGCAGGGAAGGGUAUGCUUUUUCGGAGCUGCUUGCAAUUUCCGAUCGGAUCUGGUUCUUGAGGAUCUACAGAAAGAAAGAGAUUGGUUAGCACGAGGACAUUACAUCUAGCUGAGGGUCCAUCCUAUCGUGACGGUUUGCAUCAACCCGGGGGGGCAAAACUUACUUCUGAAAACACGCCGUAUUCAUCACAGGGCACCUCGCUGCUCUUCAUGGCCUUCCACACGCGAUCGUAGCUGCCCUCCAUGAGCCAGCGCUCGAGUCUGAUGGGGUAUCCGAGAUACUUGUCGCCCUCGACAUCGCCCACGUUGCCGCCGCCGUCGCGGUUAGCCAGGCUCUCGAGCUCGGAGUGGAACUCUGCGUAGCGGCCCUGUGUGAGGAGCAGCAGCAGGCUGAGGCCGGUGACUCUGUUGCGCUCCGCAAGGUUGGGCUGCAGGCGGGACGAGGGCAGCUCGUAGAAGGGCUGGAGCUGCUGGACGUAGCGGGUGAAGGCGUCUGGGUUGCGGGCGCGGAUGGCGAAGAGGGCACCCUGCUCGUAUGUUUCGCGGGCAAGGGCGAGAAGGCCGGAGGAGACGUCUGGCGACGGGGUGAGGGCCUUGAGGUGGAGGAGGGCGAGCUUUGCUUUGGAGAGGAGGGUGUUUGCGUCGGCGUAGCUCAUGGACGGGGAGUGCUUGAGCUGGCCGAGGACCUGGGAGAGGGCGCGUUCAGCCAUUGUGGAUCGGAUUGGCGGCUCUGCGUCGUCGUUAUCGUCACUUUUGGGUUGGUGAUGCUGAUGGAUGAGAAUGGGUGAUGGUGGUGGUGGUGGUUCGGGUAUGGACAACAGGUCGGCGGCUUGCAGGCUGACAGUGGGUGACGUGCGUGCCUGUGCUUGUGCUGGCGCUGCUGGGACUGGUCGUGCUGGUGCUGGUGCUGCCACGGAGCCAGUGGAGCAAAAAUUAGAUAAGCAGGAUCCCAUGGCGAGCUACCCUGGAG